UGUCACAUCUGACACUUGAAUUUUUCUCAUUUUCUGUCGAUUUCGAGGAUUUUCGGGCGAGUUUCGCUGAAAUUUAAUCAAAAAUCAACAUGAUCAGAAUCCCAUUCGGUCCCAAACAUGCUGAAAUGGCAUCAAGAUGGGUGCCCAGCUUGAUGUCUUUCGGAGCAGCUGCAGGUCUUGGAGUUUGUUAUUACACAGAUUUUAAGAUGGUGUUGCAAUAUCUUCCCUUCUACAACACCAAAUACCGCAAGGACGAUGAAUAAAUUGAGCAGCAACCUGUAAAUUAGCAAACAAAUUGAAAUUAUUUAAGCUGGAGGGCGAUUCGCAAUGCGAUUUAAGUAAAAAAUUUUGUUCAGGGACGAGUGUUGCGAUGAAAAAUAAACUCCGUUAAAAAGUAA